AUGGGCUUUCAACCAGAUAACCAGCAGCCUCAGGGUGGAGAUCGACCUGAUGUUGUCGAGGGCCGCUACAUCGUCACCUUGAAGCCUUUCCUCACUCAGCAAGAGAUCGCGGACCAUUGCUCGGCUAUCGAAGGCCAUUGCGAAGAUCAUCGCGAUACCGCCACUGCUUCGGUCACUGAUACCGGCCGCAGCGCCGUAGACAGCACGUUCAGGCGGUUCAUCGUCGGCAAGAAACCGAACGAAGGCGAAGUGGGUCUUGCCUCGGUUGCGCCUUUGGACACCUUCAUAGGAUACUCAGGCGUCUUCCCAGAUGCAACUCUUGAGAAGAUCCGGCAGUCGACUGAGGUCCUGAACAUCGAGCCAGAUAGGCAUGUUUAUCUGUGCGGAAGCCAGAGUAAUGCGCCUUGGGGGCUGAGGCGUAUCUCACGCCGCGGCAAGCUUAGCGCCUCGAACAAGGAAUAUAAGUGGAACGAUGACGAGUCAGGCGAUGGAGUUUGGGUCUAUGUUAUCGACACAGGAGUAAGAGCAGACCAUACGAACCCGGACGGCACAUCCCGCGUUACCCUCGGCAAAAAUUGUACAAAGGAGCUUGGGUCGCGCGACACAGACACGGAUGGGCACGGUUCACAUUGUGCAGGAACGAUUGCCGGAAAGACUUACGGCGUCGCUAAAAACGCCAAAGUCAUCGACGUCAAGGUCUACCCAGACUCUCCCAAUGGUGGUCCAGUCUCUACAUUGGUUUCCACGAUCAUUAAGGGUCUCGACUUUGCUGUCGAGGAUGCCCUUGCCAACAACCGGAUUAAAAAGAGUGUCGUCAACAUCAGUUCUGGAGGGGGAGCAUCAUCAGUAUUCAACGAUGCUGUCGCGGCUGCUGUGAAGGCGGGUAUGGUGGUUGUGGUGGCCGCUGGAAACGAGGGAAAGGACGCCCUUGGGACAUCCCCAGCGUCCGCUCCUCAUGCCAUCACUGUCGGCGCGGCUGAUAACCAGGACAAAAUGGCGUCCUGGUCGAACUGGGGAAGGAUCUUGGACUUCAUUGCUCCUGGCGUAAACAUUGAAUCUUGUGGUAUCAGUAAUGAGAACGCUAAGGCGACUUCAAGUGGGACUUCAAUGGCCGCACCCCACGUUGCCGGUCUGGCAUGCUGUCUCCGUCAGAGAGACGGGUAUGCUGACCCCGUUGCCGUUGCGUACGUACUGCGGGAGAGAGCCGAAGGGGCCAUCUCUGGCUUCGAUCAGAAACCUGGAACGCCGAACAUCGCCUCGGUCAAUAUGCCCGUGAAUCAAGAAUCUUGGCCGUGA